AUGAAGAUAGGCACAGUGGCUGUUCUGGUCCUGCUGGGAACACUGUGUCCAUGUGUAAAGGCACAAGUCAGCACACCUGUAGAUAUUCUAUGGCAAGCUGCAGCUAAUUGGACUGGGCCUCUGCCCUGUGGAGGAUGGGACUGUGACUGUGUGUUCAGUAAUUCAAAAGGCUGCUGUUGUGUGGCUGUACCUGUUUUCCAGCUAGAAGAGGCAACCUUCAUGCGCUUGGUGGGCCUAUGGAAGGAUUUGAACAGUCUCAAUAACCAGAUUCAGGAAAUUACAGGGAGACGUAAUGUAGCAUUUGCAGCUACACUGACACCUUUUACUGGAUGUGUUGGACCUUACAACAAGAACGUGUCAAUGUCUUACGGGAAUGUCACACUAAACCAAGGCUAUGGGUAUAAUCCUGCAUUAGGAACGUUCACAGCCCCUCGUGUUGGCCUUUACUCCUUCUCCUACACGGUUUAUUCUAAUGUGGGAGCAGAAGGAGAGCGCAUCUACCACAAGGUACAGCUAAUGAAAGACGGCCAGGUGAUAGCCUCUUCCUGGGAAGACAACCGUGAGGACUCGGAGGACAGCGCAACACAGACGGUGCUCCUUAAGAUGAAACAAGGCAACCAGGUUUAUAUGGAGCUGACGUCUGGAAGGUUUCUGUGUGCCGACACGCAGGGCUACAACUCCUUCAGUGGAUACCUGGUCUAUCCUAUGUCUGAUAUUUAG